CAAACCCUUCACUCAUCCAUUCCCUCCAUCAUUUCAUCUUCUUUCUCUAUCUCUCCACGCUCUCUAAUUUCCAAAAUGAAAAUUCUGUAAAUUAUUAAACUUAAACCCUUUUUUCAAUGGCUUCCUUACUUGAAUCAAUUCCAAUUCCUCGUCAUUUGAAUUCUCGAACCACCAUUUCUGGAGGGAGAAAAGCUUAUCUCUCCUCUUUACAGAAGAACAGUAGACUACCACCAAGCAAAAUACAUCACCAUACAAUCUACUGUGCAGCUCAGGAUACAAAUUCAAAAGUUCCGAGAAGGAAUGCCAUCUCUUUGAUGUUAUCAAGUUUUCUCAUAUCGCAAACUGGUCUAGGUGGUAUUGCUUUGUCUCAGCCAUUAAUUGAGUUCAGGGAAUAUUUAGAUACUUUCGAUGGUUACACAUUCAAUUACCCUAAGAAUUGGAUUCAAGUCAAAGGUGCAGGUGCAGAUAUAUUCUUCAGGGAUCCAUAUGUUCUCGAUGAAAACAUAUCUUUGGAGAUAUCAUCUCCUUCUUCCUCCAAUUAUAAGAGUGUCGAAGAUUUGGGUCCUCCACAAGCUGCUGCAGAGAAAGUGCUAAAACAGUAUUUGACAGAAUUCAUGUCCACCAGACUUGGAGUGAGACGAGAAGCCAACAUUGUUUCCACAUCAUCGAGGGUUGCAGAUGAUGGAAGGAUGUAUUAUCAAGUUGAGGUAAAUAUCAAGUCAUAUGCAAGUACUAAUGAGCUAGCUGUAAUGCCACAAGAUCGAGUAACACGGCUUGAAUGGGAUAGACGCUACCUCUCAGUUCUUGGGGUUGAAAACAACCAAUUAUAUGAAUUGAGAUUACAGACGCCUGAAAAUGUUUUCUUAGAAGAGGAAAGUGACCUUCGUCGAAUUAUGGAGUCCUUCAGAGUAAUGAAAUUGAAUGUCUGAUGAUUUAUUUAUUUUUGCAGUAUAUGAGCAUUUGUAAUAUAUUUCAAAGGUUCUUCUCAUUCUUUUAUUUCAAUGUAGAUUCAGUGAGGCAACAUGUUUCCAUUUGUAAUAUUUUUUGUUAUUAUCUUUGUGUAUGACAACUAAAACCUAAUUAAUCGUAUAGUUUUGUAUUGGUAGA